AUGCAUCUUUCGGCUUUCAUCCCGUUUCUUGCUGCCGCUUUGAUCACUCCUGGCAUGGCGCUCCCAACCCAGAUCAAUGGCACUUUCCCAGCACCAACGAACCAAACGUUUCCGGCUGCGAUGAAUGCAAAUUCUUCAGCAGACAGCAGUAGCCAGGAUAUGACAGUCACAACGACAAUGUGCAUACACGCGAGCCUGAGGGGGCUCUGCCCUGCCCUCUGCCUACCAGUAAUUGUGCUAGGCGAACACCAGCACCAGGAUUGCUUGACUGGAUGCUACUGCCGCUGGAACCUGCCGAAUCCCCCACCGAAGUAA